AUGUCGGCAGGAGCCCGGGGCCCCGCCCCCGAGGGGCCCAGGCGCCCCCGGGGAAGGCCCAGCUGCCCGCCGCCCCCGCGCUCAGCCAUGGACGCCGCGCCCGAGCUCCUGAGGGUCCCGCCGGCCGAGCUGCUGGACGACGUGCUGCGGGAGCAGUUCGGGCCGCUGCCCCAGCAGGCCACCAUCUGCCGGCUCAAGCGGCUGCCGUCGUCCACCCAGGACGUGCAGUUGGUGCUGGAGCGGCGGCGCGUGGCCAACGCCAAAGAGCGCGAGCGGAUAAAAAAUCUCAACCAUGGUUUGGCCAAACUGAAGGCACUGGUGCCAUUUCUUCCCCAAAACAGGAAGCCUAGCAAAGUUGAUAUCCUCAGAGGUGCAACUGAAUACAUACAAGUUCUCAGUGAUAUUUUGGAAGAAGCCAAAGACUCUGAGAAACGAGACCCCGAUCAUCAGAGCUAUGGCAGCAAUACUUCUGAGCCACAUACAUCCUCAGCUAGAGAGCUAUCGAGAAUUAUACAACGUGCCGGCUGUGCUAUGGGCUUGAAGAAUGAAAAGGAAGGGUCCUGGGCAGAUGGUGGCAGUGGUGAGUUGGCACAUACUUGUCGCCAGAGGGCAGUGUCUACGAUGGGAAUUCUCUCCCAAGGAGGAGUCUGGUAA